AUGAAGCCUGCCUGAUAUUCUUUGAUUCUUCUUUUCAGUACUUUAUUUUGCACACAUUUAUUUUUAGGUGAAAGCCAAGUUUACAAUGUUUUGGUAGAAAACUCGGCCUUUGAAAUUGAUUUAGAAAAUUCUUACUGCAAAGGAAAAAUUGAAGGGUUUGAUAUUGAGGUGUGUAGGAAUAUGUUGAAGAAGCCGCAUUAUAUUUGACUGUUUUUAGACGCCUUUGCAGCAUUUCAGUCUGGAGAUUUAGCCUCAUAUGUAAAUAAUUCUGCCUAUUACAAUGUGAAGUUCAGUGGAUAUCCACAAUCCGCCACAAUCCAUGCUGAGCAAGUCACAGGAAAAGUAUCCAGAAACCUUGUAGGUGCUAAAUUACUAUCAGAAACUGCAAUAGACCAAAUGAAAGGAAAAUUAAACUAUUAUGUAGGGAACAAUUUCCCUUUAAUAAAUUUACUAGGAGAAGAAAGGUUUGCAAAGGUGUAUCAGUUUAAUGUGAGGGAACAGUAUCCUUUUAAAACGUUAGAAAGAGCUUCUGGAAUGUUUGGAAGCUCUUUUAUAAGACCUGAUUUGACGAAGAAUGGAGAAAUUAAAGGAACUUCCAAUGCUAAUAAAUUUGUCAUAGAAAAUUCAGAGGAGCUAUUAGAAAAUGGCAAUAUAAAAAGCAUUGAAUCAUUGUUAAAGUCAUUUCUUGCCUAUGAUGAUAUAAAUUUAGUUUACUAUUCUACCAUUAUGGACAGCUAUAAUCACAACUACGCUGCCUUCUCUAUUAAAACUUUAUCUGUCGCAUCAGCUUUAUUAGGUGAUAUUAAAGCAAUUAUUCAAAUUUUAGAAAAAACUGAAAUGGGAGAUAAAUACGUUUUAUUUGUGUCUAGUGAUCAUGGAGGACAAUGAGAUUUCGGAGAAGACGAAGUCUGUAACCAUGGCUGCAAUAUGGAUAAAGGCAAUGAAGGAUUUCUAUAUAUCUAUAACAAAGGGUCGAUAGGAAAUUUUCGUGGAGAAAUCAAGCAUGAAGAUAUUGGGCCAAUUGUCAGUCAAUAUAUAAAUAAUGCAGGACUACCAUCUAGAGCAGGCGGGUUUCCUAACUCCCCCCCCUCCGUGAGUGAACAAAAAAAUUUUGUUCACUCACGAAGGGGGGUUAAUUUUUUUUUUUUCGAAAUUUUAAAAAAAUCCUAAUUCACAAAAAUUGGAAAGCAAAUAUUAAUUUGAUUUAUAAAAUUUAUGUUUUAAAAAGCAAUUCGUUUAAAAUUAAACAGAAUUAGCUCUAGAUUUCAUUAUAUAAUAAUUAUCAUUUAUAUAUCAAAUAUUUUUUCCAUAAAAAAAUUUUUCUAUUAAAAAAAUUUUUGUUCACUCACGGAGGGUGGGUUUUUGGGCAAAAAAUAGGGAUUUUUCUAAUGGUUUUGUUCACUCACGGAGGGGGAGUAAGAAAAUCAGUGAAGGAGGUAAAAUUUAUAUAGAAAAAUUCGAGCUUAUGAAUUUCCGAGCCAAAGAAAUCCAGCUGCUUAAUUAUUUGAAUUAUUUGGAUGGUGGCAAUCGGAACCUCAAGCUAAUGAUGGGCAGAAAAUAUGAUUUCGCUAUAAAAGAUAAAGAAAUUGUAGCCUCUCUUAAUGAGGAAUAUCCUGAAUAUUUAAAAAACCUACAAAGGCAAGCAGAAAACUUAGAAACCUCCAAAGAAGCUUACGUUUUGCUCAUUUUAAGUUUCGUUGCCAUUAUUUAUUGGAUUUAUUGUAUCAGCAUUGAAAUACAGAUAAAUGUGAUUUUAUUAUUUAUAGAGCAUGUUUUUAUAUUGUUUUUUGGUGGACUGACUGGUAGGGUAGAGCGGACUCUUUUUUGGCCUUUAGUGCUUUUCCACAUACUGAAUUUUAUAUCAUCAUUUGUCAAAGUAAAAUCUGAUUUAUUGUCAUUUUCGCCAUAUUCUACUUAUAAAUCAAUAUUAGCCUACAUAUAUUCCCUCGGAAAAGGAAGAGUUUUUACUAUUCAUGACAUCAAGCCUAUCACAAGCUUAUUAAAUAUUCUUCUCUUAUUAUCCAGCCAUUACGAUUAUUUUGUUAUAAAAGACUAUACUUUAUACUGAUUCCAUUACUCUGCACUACAAUUCUUAUACUUAUACGAUAUCAAGUCUAUUAAAGGGAUUUGGCACUAUAUUUUGCUUAUUUUUGGGGAGUUUUCUAUAGCUUUAAUGAUAAUUUAUGAACAAAUAACAGACUAUUCUAUGACUGACCAAACGCCGAAUAUGAUAUCGUUAUUUGCAGAUUUUUGAACUUUACCACCUAAGUGUGGAAUCUUUUCCGUGUGUGAAAAAAGAGGCUUCCACAUGUGAAGCCCUUUUGAUUUCACAUAUGAAAUCCUCUUUUCACACACGGAAAAGAUUCCACACUUAGGUGGUAAAGUUCAAAAAUCUGCAAAUAAUGAUAACUACUAUCAGGAUUUUUUAUGUAUCAUUAAUAUUUUUUGUGAUAUUCUCUUUGAUACUUGCCCCACGAGAAUUUAAAGCAAAAUUCGCGACUUAUCCAGUCAUUAUUGUGUAUUUUUUUAUUGCAAGCCAAUCUCAGCGGCUUCACUAUACAUUGUUUUUCUUGCCUAUAGUACUUUUUAUAUAGAUUUAUAUAUAUAGUAAGUUGGAUUCUAUAUAUUUGAUAUUAAUUCAAGCAAUUACAUCAUAUUUAAUCACACUAGGGACGUUUGGAUUUGAUAUUUCGCUAAGGGCAGGCAAUCACUCGUGAGGAGUUGGGCCUGAUAUUUAUCCUAUUUUCACUGGGGUUAUUUUUGGGAUACACAAAUUAGCAUGAUAUAUAAUUGCUGGAUGCUUUAUGAUGGUGUCUAGUAAAGAAUUUACGAGAAAUUUUAAGAUUUUGACACUAAAAGCGAUUCUUGCGGUGUGGAUUUUUUGCUUGGGAUUUUAUUUGUGGCCGUCUAGCACUAUUUCUUUAUUUAUCUGGGCUAAUAGCCAAUGUAUGACACUCUUGCUUUCACAUACAGUUGGCUUAUUAGCGCUGAAUACUUCUACUAACACAGUAAAUAUUUAA